AUGGCCAUGAUGGUUGAAUUCCCUGACAGAGCCCGUGUGGUGGCCUGGGGUCAAGGCCAAAACCACCUGAGUCCAGAGAGGGAGAAGAAGCUGGUGUUUCUUACAGCUCGUGUUCACCCUGGAGAGUCUCCGGCCUCGUUCGUCUGCCAAGGUGUGAUUGACUUCCUGGUGAGCCAGCAUCCCGUCGCUCAAAUCCUGAGAGAUCACGUGAUCUUCAAGAUCGUCCCGAUGCUCAAUCCUGAUGGAGUCUACCUGGGCAACUACAGGUGCUCUCUGAUGGGCUUCGAUCUGAAUCGCCACUGGCAGGAUCCCUCUCCCUGGGCCCACCCCACGCUGCACGCUGUUAAGCAGCUCAUCGUGCAGAUGAACCAAGACCCGAGGGUUAGUUUGGAGUUCUACAUUGAUGUCCAUGCCCACUCCACCAUGCUGAAUGGCUUCAUGUACGGCAACGUGUUUGAGGAUGAAGAGCGUGUCCAGAGACAGGCUGUCUUCCCCAGGCUGCUGUGCCAAAACGCACCAGACUUCUCCUUUUCCAACACCUCCUUUAACCGUGACGUGGUGAAGGCUGGCACCGGUAGGCGUUUCCUUGGUGGUCUCCUUGAUGAUACAUCCUACUGCUACACUCUGGAGGUGUCCUUCUACAGCUACAUGACAGCUGGCAGCACCGCUCCCGUGCCCUACACUGAGGAGACAUACAUGAAGCUGGGCAGAAAUGUGGCCCGAACAUUUUUGGAUUACUACAAACUCAACAACCUCAUCAAGGACAACAGACCAUCUGUCAUUCAAUGUCCUGAGGUGACAAGCCAGACAGCCAAUGGUAGCGGAAAGGAAGGUGGUGUUGGUAAAGACACAGCGGACAGAGAACAAGAGAAGAGCCUGGGCAUCAGACACUAGACAGACAGACGGACGGACGGACGGACA